UAUUUCGAAAAUAACUGAAAAAUAUUCGAGAGUAUUCCAUUUUGGAUUCGUCAGUCGACACCCCAAAUCUCCGAGAAAGCGAGUGAUCCACCGAGCAAUCGCCGGAGAGAUAUCCGAUCCGACCCGAUCUGAUCUGCACCUGUAAACCACCUCAUCUUUACAUAUCUCCUGCGUGUAUAAACGCACAUAUAUUUAUCCAUUUCUCUUACAGUUUCAUUUGUUAAUCGUACGAAUAAAUUUCAUCGGAGCAAUUAUUUCGAUCUGUGAAAUGCGAAUUCAUCGCAUUUUGUAGCGUUUAGAUUUCUUUUGAAAAUAAAUUUGGAUAGUAUGUGAGAUCUUAUUAUCUUAACCUAGGGUUUUAUAAAUAAAGUUCGCAAAUUAGGGUUUUUUUUGUUCGUGCAUGAGGAUUUGGUGUUUAUUAUGUUUCGGUGAAGAAGAACAUAAGAUAAUAGACACGAUGAGUGAAAAAUCGGAGGAAAUAGGACAUUUCGAAGAAUUAGGGUUUGAAAGUUUGGUGAAUUCAAGGAAUGAAGAUGAUUUGAGGUCUAAAAGUACUACUGAGGAUGUGAAUUUGAAUUUGAAUUUGAGUUUGGGAGGAGAGUCUUCCGGCUCAUCAGGUGCGGUUGAAAGAGGCGGUUUGGAUCGCGAUUCGCAUAGUAAACGUCACAAAGCUCAGUCUACUGCACUUGAUAGUGGUAGCUUUAUUCAAGCUGCUACUUUGCAAGGAAGUAUGUCGUUUAGUUUGAUUGACACAGAGUAUGAGAGAACACAUGAUAGCUCAGGUAACUACGGUUGUUUGUUAUCGGAUGAUGAUCGGAGUCCAAUGGAGGAAGAUAUGGAUGAUCGAGAAAUUCGAAUGGAUCUUACAGAUGACUUGUUGCAUAUGGUAUUUUCUUUCUUGGACCAAAUUAGUCUUUGUGGAGCAGCUAAGGUUUGCAGGCAGUGGCGCGCAGCUAGUGCACAUGAAGAUUUCUGGAGGGUGUUAAAUUUUGAGAACAGGAACAUAUCUCCUCAACAAUUUGAAGAUAUGUGCCACCGAUAUCCAAACGCCACUCAAGUAAACAUUAAUGGGUCGCCAGCUAUUCACACACUUGUGAUGCAGACAAUUUCUUCCUUAAGGAAUCUUGAGUCUUUAACCUUGGGUAAAGGACAGUUAGGGGAGACAUUUUUCCAAGCAUUAACUGAUUGCACUAUGUUAAAGAGUUUGAUCGUGACUGAUGCUAUGCUUGGUAAUGGCAUCCAGGAGAUACCGAUACACCAUGAUAGUUUGCGACACAUUCAAAUUGUGAAAUGCCGCGUGGUCCGUAUAUCGGUCAGGUGCCCACAACUUCAGACUUUGUCGUUAAAGCGGAGCAGCAUGGCACAUGCUGUACUGAACUGCCCUCUUCUGCGCGAUCUCGAUAUAGGAUCUUGUCAUAAACUUCUAGAUGCUGCAAUCCGGUCAGCAGUGACAUCAUGCCCUCUCUUGGAGUCAUUGGACGUGUCCAACUGUUCUUGUGUUAGCGACGAAACACUACGUGAAAUCUCCAUAAGUUGUACUAAUCUCCAUGUUCUGAACGCAUCAUACUGUCCGAACAUUUCUCUUGAGUCUGUAAGGUUAACAAUGCUUACGGUUCUCAAGCUUCAUAGCUGUGAAGGCAUAACUUCUGCUUCAAUGGCUGCCAUAUCACAUAGCUAUAUGUUGGAGGUUUUGGAGCUUGACAAUUGUAGUUUAUUGACAUCAGUCUUCUUGGAUCUUCCUCGAUUGCAGCAUAUCAGGCUUGUGCAUUGUCGAAAUGAUUGCAGAUUUGUAGACUUGAGUUUAAGAAGUGCGGUAUUAUCAUCCAUUAAAGUCUCUAACUGUCCUGCACUCCAGCGAAUCAACAUUGUAUCAAACUCACUGCAAAAACUAGUUUUGCACAAACAGGAUAGCUUAACUUCAUUAGAGCUGCAAUGUCAAGGUCUAGAAGAAGUUGACCUCACAGAUUGUGAAUCUUUGACCAAUUCAAUAUGUGACGUUUUUAGCGAUGGUAGUGGGUGCCCCAUGCUCAAAUCCUUAAUUCUUGACAACUGUGAGAGCUUGACGGCUGUGAAAUUUUCUAGCAACUCAUUAACUAGCCUUUCUCUUGCUGGUUGCCGUGCUAUUACUUCUAUUGAACUAACCUGCCCUUAUCUUGAGCAAGUGUCGUUGGCUGGAUGUGAUCAUCUUGAAAGAGCAAUCUUUAGUCCAGUUGGUCUGCGAUCUCUUAAUUUAGGAAUAUGUCCUAAACUAAAUGCACUCAAGAUCGAAGCACCAUCUAUGGUGUUACUUGAACUGAAGGGGUGCGGUGUCAUAUCAGAGGCAUUUAUAAACUGUCCGCUUUUAACAUCUCUCGAUGCUUCCUUUUGCAGCCAACUAAAGGACAACUGCUUAUCUGCAACUACCGCCUCAUGUCCCCUCAUUGAAUCGCUAAUUCUAAUGUCAUGUUCAUCUAUUGGUUCUGACGGACUCUUGUCUCUCCGCCGGCUUAAAAAUUUGACAUCGCUCGAUCUUUCCUACACGUUCUUAACCAACUUGCAGCCUGUAUUUGCCUCCUGUCCACAGUUAAAGAUUUUGAAAUUACAAGCAUGCAAGUAUCUCACCGACACAUCACUCGAACCUCUUUACAAAGACGCGGCUCUCCCGACCCUGCGGGAAUUGGACUUAUCGUACGGGACCUUAUGCCAGGCUUCCAUAGAGGAGCUUCUUGCUUGCUGUACUCAUUUAACUCACGUCAGUUUGAACGGGUGCGUGAAUAUGCAUGACCUAAACUGGAGUUUUAGUGCUGAUUGGGCAUAUCUAUCAUCUAUGGGCUCUAACCAGCCUCAACGAUUUUUACAAAAUCUCAACUGUGUUGGUUGUCCAAAUAUCAAGAAAGUACUCAUCUCGUCAGUCGCUCGGUUUUCUAAUUUGUCAUCGUUAAACAUUUCGCUAUCUGCAUAUUUGAAAGAAGUUGAUGUGGCCUGUAUUAAUUUAUGCUUUCUCAAUCUCAGCAACUGUAGCUCUUUGGAAAUCUUGAAGCUCGACUGCCCAAGAUUAACUAGCCUCUUUCUGCAGUCCUGCAAUAUUAGCGAAGAAGCAGUUGAAUCCGCGAUAUCGGAGUGUAACAUGCUCGAGACACUAGACGUCCGCUUUUGUCAAAAGAUAAUCUCGACAGGCAUGGGAAGAUUACGGACCGCUUGCCCGAGCUUGAAACGCAUAUUCAGCUAAGGAAAGCUUCUCUGAAAACAAUAUUAUGCCAUUUACUUUUUGUGUUGUUUGUUUCAAUUCCUACAUUUUUAGGGGUUAAUAAACAGUCUCCAUGUUAUGUAAAACUACUCCAUUGAUGAACAUCGUUUACUUGUUUUAUUUAAUGAAACAAUUUUCAAUCUA